UAUCCAACGUAACCUAACCCAGCCUCGACACCGAACCCAUCCCACUCGUCCAUCCAUCCGUCCAUCCAUCCCGCUAGCCAGCCAGCCAUUGGCAUCGCAGCUUGUCCGUAGCCCAAGCCGAGGACAACCGCUGCCAGCUCUGCCGACUCCGUACCUAUAAAACGUCCUCCCCUCCUGCUCCUACGCCCCUCGCCCCCUCCCUCCCUCCCUCCCUCCUCGCGAUGCUGCUGCCGCCCGUGGAUGAGGCCGUAUUCGAGAACAACCCCGAGUUCGCGCGCCUGUACAAGACCCUCACCGGCUCCCUCCUCAACCCCGACGGGUCGACCAAGAGCGGCGGCCCGGCCGCGAAGAAGCGCGAUGCCGUGCGCCAGGAACUCAAGGCACACCGCCUUAAGGCGGCCAAGCAGCAGCUCCUACGGCGAGCCGUAGAAGCCGCGGCGGCCCCUGAACCGACCGACGCCACAUCCAGCACCUCCUACUCCUCUCUCGCAUCCGAGCAGCCCCACCGGCCCCAGCGGCGACCCGCGAGACCCAGGCCGCAGCCCUCCAUCGUCACCACGGCGGCGCCGCCGCCCCCGGAGAUCCUCGAGCUGCUCCUCCUGCUCCCGCCCUUCCUCGCCGAGGCCCACACCCUGACCCCCGCCGCCCUCGCCCUCCUGCUCUCGCGCCCGCCCUUCUCCGACCUCGGAACCCGUCUGCCGUCCCUCGCCGCCGCCGUCUCCGCCGUCCUCGCCCGCCAGGCCGCCGGCCUCGCCCGCGUCGCGCACCCGCACACCAACCCGUCGUACGUGCACCGGUCGAUCCCGGGGCUGCCCGCCGCCGCGUCGUCGCUCCGCGAGGCCACCGCCGACGCCGCCCGCGCCCUGUCCGCCGCCCGGCUCCGCGCCGCCCACGACCUGGCCGCGCAGCUGCUGCGCCCCCGCGCGCGCGCCGCCGGCCUCCUCGUCCGCCUGCUCGAGGCCAAGCACGGCCCCGCCGCCCGCUCGGCCGAGCUGCGCGCCGCCGACGCCGCCCUCGACGCCCGCGCCUGGGCCGCCGCCGCCGAGGCCCGCCUCUGGGAGGCCCGCCUCGCCGUCUACCCGCCCGAGGCGCGCCGCGCCCUCACCAACUACCGCCGCCACCUCGCGGGCGCCCGCAUGCGCCUCAGCGACGCGAUACGCACGCGCGAGGCCGAGCUCGCCGACUACGGCGUCGCGGUGCCGACGGCGCUGCGACGCGGCUCGGAAGAAGACAGGGACGACGGGGGCAAGGGAAAUGGGGGAGGAGAGGCUGUCGUCGGGCUGGGCAUCAUGGAGGGGCGCGGAGACGAAGCCAAGGAGCGGACGAUGCGCGAGAUGGCGAGGGUGUGGCGUGAGAUGGAGACGCGAUUGCAGGAGGUGAGAGGGGAUUUGGAGCGGCUGGGGUAGAGCGGAUGCGACGAGUAGGUAGGUACUUACCUUACACUCAGGAAAUCCACAAUACCCAGAUGAGAGUCUCCCGUUGUUUUCCACGUGCUAUACGAUGUGUGUGUAUGAAAUGCUCUCUCUACGAUGGUACAGUUUGUUGCAUCCCGAGCACCUGGGGGGGACAACAGAUAUUGCGUGCUACCACGGGUAAAUCCAGCUGGCCAUCCGCCGUCCAAAUUCAACCCAGACAGAACUCCCCUUACUGG